ACUACAGAUAUGCUGAAGCUUACUUUGAACUGGGAAUGUUGGACAAGGCUAGAGAAAUAAAUCACAUUGGUAGACAAGCAUGUCAACGUACUGAGGAUAAACUGAACCUGAGACAGAUUGAUGAACAGAGAGAGCGCUUCAAGACAGAAAAGCAACGGCUUAGUCAUCUUGACAAAAACAUAUGGGCACAAAGGUCUCUGCCAGAUCUUGUCAGUGAUUCCAACGACAGUGACGGAGAGGAGGAUGGAGUGCCGGGUCUUAUUAAGUGACAGUGAUGACAACUACCCGCCUGUGAAGAGCACCAAGCUGAGACGGAAACAAGACUGUAGGAAGAAGCUCCUUGCCCCUUUCAACCAGACACUGCGAGAAGGCUCGGAUGCUCUAGAGAAAGGCCUGGCUGAAGUUGCUCGAGCUGCCUUCGAGAAGGCUGUAGAGAACUAUUCCUCUUCUAACUUCCUGCAAAAAGAUGUAACAGAAUGUAAAGUGCUUGUCCUGAAGUAUGCGUUGGGCAUCAGUGCUGUGGCAACUGGCAACUACACGCACAUCAUGGAAGCCAUUCAUAGAUUUGAAGAAAUCAGUAACUCUUCCAAAGUGAAAUUCCCUGCUAGCUACUAUGGUCUUGGCAAAGCUUACGUCACAUUAAACAGGUACACCGAGGCAACCGUCAGUGUCAACAGUGGAUUAUCGGCAGUGAAGAACGGAGUGCGGUGUGAUGUGGUUUGUUGGCCAGGCACAGAGAAGGUCAUCCCAGAAUCUAGAAAGGAGAAACUCGAGGCUUUACUCAAGGAACUCCUGCAGACAUGUAAACGUCCACCCACUCCAGAUGCUGUGUGUCGCCAUGGUAACUGUCUGGAGAAGGACCGAGAUGUUAUAUAUUUCUCAGAUCCAGAUUUUAAGGGGUUUGUCCGAGUGAACUGUCAUUCACUGUGUGUGGUAGAGUUUCACAUGACAUGCUGGAAGGCCUAUAAGGGUAAAGGGUCUGACAAGGAACAGCUGCAUACCUCCUGUCCAACACCAGACUGUAGUUCGUUAAUACAGAGAAUAUGUCUCUACAGGCAGCACUCUGAUCCUAAAAUUUAUAUAUCAGACAAACCAUUGCAAAAAUCUAAAAGUCAAAAGAAAUCGCAGAAACUCGAACUGUCAAGCGAAGACAAAAUAUCUCGUAAAGCGGAGAAGAAAGCACUUCGGAAGCAGAAGAGGAAAGAGGCUCGGGACGCUGAGGCGGAAAAGGAGCAGGGAGAAGAAGAGGAGGAAGAAACAGUUGAUUCCCUCUCUCUGGCACAGCAGGGUACAGUUCUUCAAGACGAGUCUGACCUAAAGCACCUUGCGAAGGCCAACGCAGUCUUGUACAAGAAGGAGGAAACGGAGGAGGCCAAUCUGUACAAGGGCAAGUCCAAGACGAGCAAACCAAAGAAGGAUAAGAAAAAGACGAAGCAGGUCCUUAAUGUGGAGGUUAAUUUCUCUGAUCGUAGAGAAGAACAGCUGCUUGGAGAACAUUCUGUAAUGAGUGACUCGGAUGAAGACAAAUAUGCUCCCAAAAUACCAAGGUCAACAUAUAAUACCGAGAACCCCUUUUCUGUGCCUCCAAAUUUACAUCAGAAGGUUCAGGAUUUUAAUUCAGUAUAUGACCAGUCUAUCAACCCCCAGAACAACAAACACAAUGAAGUGGCCAAUAACCUGUUUGUGUAUUUUGCGGAGCUGUUGGGAGAGCAUGGCCCACUGCAUGUGAAUGAUUCUCUGUUGACCAAGGAGCUAGAGGACUUUCCUGUGGAGGCACGGGAGGUGAUAGAUACUUACGGGGGUCUUCGUGGCUUCCUACAGCAGUCGCUUAAGUUCGGACUUAUAGACAAUUAUGUGUGUUUGUUGAAAGACGCUGUACACGUUCGGUCGUUGGCCAUGGCGCACAAGGCGGAGUAUCCCACCCUGAGUGGGAAACAGACCAUUCCAAGUGAUUCGAAAACUAAACCGCAGCCUGUGAAAAGUGUUUCCUCAUCGGAGAUAAAUAAUGUUUCUAAGAUGUCCCUGAACCCGGCUGCCCAGGAGUUCAAGCCCCAGCCUAGUACUGGUGUGUUUGUGGAACAGUGUGGUGAUAAGGAUCCCUUUGUGGUAAAUACUAUGAAUUCAUGUGAUUCUAUGCGUGUGAUAGAUCAUCUCGUGAAGACUUGUACAGCCCCACAGGCAAAACAAUCCACAUAUAAUUCGUUGGACGACUUCACUCUUCCCCCUCAGCCAAAUAGUAGCAAAAAUGCGGAAAAGACGCUUUUAGAAAACAUGGACGACAUAGACGAUUUUGAGUUGUGUGCUGAUGAUUUAGAGGAUGACAUAGAGACUACAAACAAAUUUUGUGAAGCUGAUUGGGGCAAGGAGAGUUGGGAGGGAGGAAGCGACAGUGUGUCUGAAGGUAUUUCUUUGGCAAAGAUUCGUGGUGUGGGUUCUAAAAUCUUGGAUUCAGCUCAUACACCCAGUAGUAUCAAAUCAGAUGAGCUUGACCCUAGCCGUUGUAGUUCAAGAUCGUCUCAUUCUGAGUUAGGCGAAUUUGAGCUUGGUUAUCGCACAGUUUCUCCAGCUCUACAGAGUCAAGGUUUCAAGUCGGCCUAUUCCAGGACCUCUAUACAGAAGGAUGUUUCAGCUGAUGUGUUUUCAACCAGUUCAUUUCACAGUUCCGACAUUCAGCAAGGCAACCUGGAGUUAAUGGAUACUAGCCGCAAAAAUUCAUUGGAUAAAAUGAUCAUUCCGCCACAUCCGUUUUUGAGUUCUUCGUCUAAAGAUGCUUUUGGUUCCUUUGAUUCCCAACCCAGCAGUUGUGAUAGUCCCUUGGCAAGUGCCAGUGGGGAUGCCCCAGAGAGUGUGACCAGCAUCUGGGGUAGUAGCCCCACCCCCAUCUUUCCCAAAGCCCCCACCUUCUCCCAGGAUAACGGUUUCAACACAUUCCAGGACAGACUUACCAACAAGGCCCAACAAGCUGUGUAUACCCCUUUCCCUAACCACUCGUCCUUACAGUCUCAGGACAAUACCAGUUCAACGUGGUCGUCAGCUGAUGGUCUGGAGCCUAGUACUGCUUCGAGUUUCGCAGCUUCAAAUACCCAGGAGUCGUAUUCGUUGUUUGGACUGGAGAAGAGUUCAGUGUUUUCUCAGGAUCACAACUGGCUGAAGCCCAAGUCAUUGGUGGACGUGCAGGUGCAGGCGACGUGUUGUGGCGUGUCGGUGUCGACCAACACGGAUCUGGAUAUGAACAGUUUGUUCCUUCACUACACAGCCAUGCAGGAGCAGCACACCCAGCUUGAGGCCACGCUGCACAAAGCGCAGGAGGAGAAGAUCAGUCUCACGGCUGCCACCAAACAGUUGAUGUUGGAGAAGAUGAAGACAAGCCAGGAGCAGCAGGUGUACAUCCAGCAGGUGGACCACCUCAAGCAGCAGGUGGUGGCCGUGCAGCAACUCAACCACAGCCUGGAAGAAAACCUGAAGCAGGAAAGCGUGAGAGCCGAGGAGUAUCAGAAGCAGAACGUGGACAACAGGGAGAUGUUCCACAAGGAGAAGGCAGACAUGGUGGCCAGUGUCGUAGAACUGCAGAAUAAAUAUGUGUCUCAGAAGGAACGAGCUAUUGCAGCGGAGCAAGAAUACCUCCAGCUGAAGAUGCAGGUUUCUCUACAGGGCUACAACGCCGCCAAACGUGAAGCAACAUUUCACCAACACCAUGUUCUCACCUACGUCCACAAAUACCAGGAGGAUAAACCGGACCUCCCUGCCAAGGUGAAGCAGAUCCUGUCACAUCUCACCGGCGUCAUCGACACGUGUGACUCCAGGAUUGCAGACAUCAAGACCCAGUGUGAGAAGAACAUCCAGCUGAUCAAGGAAGGCCAGAGUCUCAGUGACCUCCCACCCUUCUCUGCAGCGACAGCCCCUGUGCCCAUGCCGCCAGAGAUAGCGUCGAUGAUGUCACAGAUCUUCGGUACAGGGUCCAUCAACAGCUCCAAGCUCUCCAUGCGCCUGUCACCCACUGAAGUAGGCAGCAAGUCUUUACAAGUGUUCCAGCCCACUUCCAAAUCCUCCUCCUCCACAAAGACCAGCAAUGGUGGCGCCUCACAUACCUCGGUACCAGCGCCAGUCUCCCAGCAAACAAAGACCAGCAAUGGUGUCCACAAUGGCAGCCUGUUGCAGCCUAAACCUAUCCAGCCUCUUGGCUUUGGAGGGGGGCUGCAGGUGGCCCUCCCAAAACCUGUACGGGUUCCCAUGACGGCCGCCCAGAUUCAGGCAAGCCUGCUAAACAGCCCCUCUUUGCAGCAUCCCAUCCGAGGCAAGAUUGCUUCUCCGCAACAAAGCAAGAACAGCUUUGAGAAGUUGAUCGCCGCCUUGCAGAAUAUAUUCCCCAAUUAUAGCAAGCCGGAGUUUAUGGUUCUGAUUCGGGCGCUGUGCGAGUCCCGCGGCGGGUCACUGACAGGGAUGGGGUUGGACGACAUUGUGAAACACAUCACCAACACAGUGCUGGAGAGAGAAGGCACCUCCUUGGGUCUCAACACACAGACUCCCACUGCUCCCCCUCCAGGCCUCAACACCUCCUGGGGCCCUCAACUCAGCCCCAGUGUCAGUGGUGGCAGCAGGAACCGGCAGCUGGAGCUGUUCCUGGAUGAGGAGAACCCGUGCGCCAUUUGCCACGAUGAGCUGGAGGCGCAGGAGACACAAGACCUAGAGUGUGGACACACUUUCCAUGUGGAGUGUAUUCGGACGUGGUUUAAGGAACAGAGUACCUGCCCGAACUGCCGUGUGCAUGCCCUGCUACCAGACGAAUUCCCUACCCUCAAAUAAGGCAUGCCUUGUGAACAUAUAUUUUCAUAAAAGUUUUUUGUUA